AUGUCUGCGAACUGGGAAGAAGGACAGCAGGAGCAAAAGCCAUACAGAAACUACAUCUACGGCCAGCAUGGUUUCAGAGAGUGCGAGAUUGACCCCAGAUACAGGCAGCAGGCUCCUGCGCGCAUGGCGCUGAGCCGUGUCACAGAGGCCAUGGCUGCUUUCGAGACCCAGGACUUCUACAAAGCUGAGUUUGCAGAGCUCAAAGCAUCAGACGUCAAGGAGGUCGGCUCCUACACGAUCAAAGCUGGUUCAGCGGAGACCAUCAUUCCGGGACAGGUUCCUGAGUACGUGCAAAUUCGGCGUGGAAAACGCUUGGAAAAGGAGCCGGGCCCCAAAAGGCCGCCUACGGAGGACGAAGCCUAUGUCCAGUACGUGGCAGAGAAGUGUAGCCUCUACGAAACAGCGAAGCAGGUUUCGUCAAAACAACAGUUCUCUCUGGACAAAGACAUCAUUUGCGAUCGUUCAUCUCUUGUGACUCUGAUGGAAUAUGCAAGUGAAAACUUGACGCGUUUCUUGAUGCCCAAGGGCCAGCACAACAACCCGGUCGAUCUCGUGAAGAUUUCCAAAGCUCCAGAUGGCAAGGCAUUGGUGAUGGAACACCUGUUGGACGUCAACAGGAUGAAGUGCUUUCCAUACAGAGGUGCAUGGAAGCGCUCUGAGGUCUCCAACCACGGGACCUACACACCGGCCCUCCGACGCUUGGCCUAUGGAGACAACAAGACGAAGAACUUGAUGAUCACUGGACUGCCACAGAUCGCCGGAAACAGCGCAGGCGAACUUGACAAGUCGUAUCGCUUCGUGGAGUUUGAGACCAAUGGCGUGAGUUUCCUUGUGAAGGCUCCAGCCCAUGCCCAGAAAUAUGGCGGCCGGAGUGUGGAGCUGGAACACAAGAAUUGGUACUAUCAGGACGAGGUGAAGGCGAUCACUACAUACGUGAAAAUGUUGCUUGGCAAAGUUGACUGCCACGUUCUGGCAUUACAGCGAAGUGGAAAGAUCCACCAGGUUGUGGAGAACUCGCCAGAAAGCAUUCUCGCAAUGAAGCCAGAGCUUGAGGAUGCUGCACGUCGCCGUCUCGGACGCGUGAUCUCCUUGAUCAAGCAGGUUCAGGACGCCGUCGCAAAGGGUGAAGACGGUCCUUGGGUGUUGCAGUGGCAGCAGGGGCCUUUGAUCCUGGGCAAGUACGAGUUGGUUCCUCAGCUUGAGCAGGAGCUGGCGGUGGCCUAG